GGUGUACGUCACCGAUGCUACCCACCAGGCAGGCAGCGAARUCUGUGGCUUUAUAAAGAGUAGAAAGACGACGUUUAGCUAUCUCCACAAAGCUGGAAUACAACUGUUUCCACUAGAAGAAGGAAGAUUUUACCUUUUAGGAGGCCACACAAUCUCCGGACUAACAUGAAGAGGCGUAUAUCAGUUGGUUUUGUGCUGGUCGUUUAUUUCUGUUCGAGCUCGGCUUUUUAUCUUCCGGGUUUAGCCCCUGUGAGUUUUUGUGUUGAGAAAGGUCCGGACGAUUGCCAGACUGACAUUCAGCUGUUUGUUAAUCGGUUGGACUCKGUGGAGUCUGUUCUGCCGUACGAGUAUGACGUGUUUGACUUUUGCAAAGAUGAGAAAGAGAAGAGGCCCUCUGAGAACCUGGGGCAGGUACUGUUCGGUGAGCGAAUUGAGUCUUCUCCAUACAAGUUCCAUUUUCAAAAUGAUGAUAAGUGUCAUGCAGUGUGCACAAAAACUUACAAGAAAGACAGCAAGCUGGAUGCUGCCAAGUUGGACUUUCUGAAGAUGGGAAUGCAGCUGAACUAUCAACAUCACUGGAUCAUCGACAACAUGCCAGUGACGUGGUGCUAUGAUGUUGAAGAUAAUCAAAAGUACUGCAACCCUGGUUUUCCCAUYGGCUGCCUUGUUGCAUCUGAUGGUAGAGCAAAAGAUGCUUGUGUWAUAAAUUCUGAGUUCAACAAGAAAAACACAUUUUAUGUCUUCAACCAUGUUGACAUAAAGAUCACUUACCACAGUGGAAAAUCAGAGGGUUGGAGUGGUGCUCGCCUGGUUGCUGCCACCCUCGAACCAAAGAGCAUCAAACAUAACGAUGAGAAGAAACCAACUUGUGAUGGAGGUAGCCCGAUGGAGGUCCCAGUGGAUUUUACUGAUGAUGUUAAAAUAACUUACACCUACUCUGUCACUUUUGAGGAAAACAAUACCAUCAAGUGGGCYUCUAGGUGGGACUAUAUCCUGGUCUCAAUGCCUCACACCAACAUCCAGUGGUUUAGCAUAAUGAAUUCUUUGGUAAUUGUGCUCUUCUUGUCCGGGAUGGUUGCCAUGAUAAUGCUGAGAACUCUCCACAAGGACAUUGCCAGAUACAACCAGGUGGAUCAGGAAAACUUGAUAAAGAUUCCAUCGGCCAAGGAAAAAUCUUCUCUACCUUAUGAGGAUGCUCAGGAAGAGUCAGGAUGGAAACAAGUGCAUGGAGAUGUCUUCCGUCCCCCCAGGAAGGGAAUGCUUCUCUCUGUGUUCCUUGGACAGGGCACGCAGAUCUUCAUCAUGACCUUCAUCACACUAUUCCUGGCCUGUCUGGGAUUUCUGUCUCCAGCCAACAGAGGGGCUCUGAUGACAUGUGCUGUGGUACUCUGGGUCCUACUGGGGACUCCUGCUGGCUAUGUGUCUGCACGUCUUUACAAAACUUUUGGAGGUGAAAAGUGGAAGACCAAUGUCUUGCUGACAGCCCUCCUGUGCCCAGGGAUUGUAUUUGCAGACUUCUUUCUGAUGAACCUGAUCCUGUGGGUGGAGGGUUCRUCUGCAGCAAUCCCAUUUGGUACUCUGGUGGCCAUUUUGGCYAUGUGGUUUGGAAUCUCUGUGCCCCUCACUUUUGUUGGUGCCUACUUUGGAUUCAAGAAACCUGCAAUUGAGCAACCUGUACGAACAAACCAAAUCCCCCGUCAAAUUCCCGAGCAGUCCUUCUUCACUAAACCUAUCCCUGGUAUUGUAAUGGGUGGGAUCCUGCCCUUUGGAUGYAUCUUCAUCCAACUUUUCUUCAUUCUUAACAGCAUUUGGUCUCAUCAGAUGUACUACAUGUUUGGAUUCCUGUUCCUGGUUUUCAUUAUCCUGCUCAUCACCUGCUCUGAGGCCACAAUUCUGCUGUGCUACUUCCACCUAUGUGCAGAGGACUACCACUGGUGGUGGCGUUCCUUCCUGACCAGCGGCUUUACAGCAGUUUAUCUGUUCAUUUAUGCGGAGCACUACUUCUUCUCAAAGCUGCAAAUCAUUGGAGCGGCCAGUACCAUAUUGUACUUCGGAUACACUAUGAUUAUGGUCCUCAUCUUCUUCCUCUUCACUGGUACAGUUGGCUUCUUCGCCUGCUUCUGGUUUGUAAAUAAAAUCUACAGUGUGGUGAAAGUGGACUAGAAGACUGAAGGAAGGAUGAACUUGCUGUCACAGUGCUGGGCUCCUCAGUGCUGCUGUGUAAUAAUAAUGUGGUCUGAGUAGACCUAAACUGCAUCCAUCACAUGUGAUAGAAAAAUUCCGCAGAGCAGAGCCCAUCCUCUUUUUGUGCUUUAAACCUCUGUUGCUAUUUUUUUUAACUAUACGAGUUUGUGUUCACUGUUGACCUGUAAUAUUUUGACUGGCGCCUUGAAAAUCAGCGGGGGAGGUUCUAAUGAUGAAGUUGUGACCAUGAGCGACUUGUUCUCUGAAAUGUUUUACUUUAAUAUUCUUAAGAAAGUAAAAUAUUUAGCAUUUUAUUUUUCUAUUCUCUCAUGGUGUAAUGUUCCUUUUUUUUUCCUCUACCUGUUCUUUAUGGAAACGAGUGUGUACAUAUAUUGUAUAGAGACGGAGAACGUGUGAGAAUGCUAAUUAAAAUUUGUCACCAUUAUCAAGCUUUCAUUUGAAAUUUGUUUUUAAGUGUGAAUUGGGUUAUUAUAUAUACAUAGAUGAAGCAUUUGUUUGUAUGAUUAUAUGUACAUUUCCUUGAUGGCAUAGAGUAGAAGGAUGCACCAUGUACAGGAAGUACAUCUGUAUUAUAAAACAGUUUCAGCUUGUUGCCUAAUAAAGAUGAACUUCAUGAUGCGUUUGGCCACAAAAAAAAUUGUUAUUCACAACAUGGUCAACCAGUUU